AUGCAUGUAGUUAAGAAGGGCUCUGAAUCUGAUACAGCAGAAUGGGGACUGAAACCACUGUUCAACUCCGCAGAAACAGAUACAACAGGCAGCUUGAGAAUGGCAAAGGAUACAAUACUGAAAGACAGGCAUGAAAUUCGGGCGGAUUUAUUGUGCACCUCGAUAAAGUGGGUGAGGGAUGUGGAACCAGAAGUGGUUAAGAAAGGCGGAGUUGACGUACACUCCAUGACAAUGGCGCAGUUGGAAGAAAACUGGAAUAAUCUUUGUGAGGAACUAGGGUUGGGUGAACUGUUGGCAAUGGCGGGGAAACCGACAGCAACGGAAGCGGAACAGAAGAAUGCUAUUAAUAUAGCGGUGUUAUUGGCUAACGAUAAAGGUCAGCCCAAGGGACAGAAGAUCUCGGUGGCAGCAAAGACAAAGGCGACUCCAGGUACGUCGGCGGGGUCUAGCAAGACGUCAAGAAUGGAGACGCCACCGUCUGCAGACAAUGAUCUAGCAUCGUUGAAGAGAAAGAUAGAAGGAUAG